GAUCAUGCAUGCCCUCUGCCACACUGCUGGAUCAUGCAUUCACACCCUACACGUUCUUUUCUGUAACAUGCUCAGGUCUCAUUUUCUCGACUGUCAUCAUCUUACAACUUGCUCGAGGUCUCGAGGUCUUGAGUAACCAAGUCAACAUAUACCCAAAGUCUGGACGCUCGCGACGCACUCACUCUCGUGUCGAAAUCUUUAUACUCAGUACGGAGUACAACACAAAACAACGCACUAUGUCACAUUCAAUGUCCGACAUGGCCUCGGACUCGAUGUCCUCGAUGUCCAUGACGAUGAUGUUCACCAACAGCCACACCACACCCCUCUAUGCCAAUUCAUGGACGCCCUCAUCAGAAGGAGGCUAUGCCGGCACAUGCAUCUUCCUUGUUCUUCUCGCCAUGAUGCUACGACUCCUCUUUGCAGCAAAGGCAAUCUGUGAGCAGAGGUGGUUGAUGAAUGCGCAGAAACGCCGCUAUGUCUUGGUUCGAGGUCGGACGACAGAGGCAGGCAGAAUCGAUCAGGAUCCCGAUGCGAAGACGGGUUCUCUUGUCACUGCAAAUGGUGUCGAGGAGAAUGUCAAGGUUGUACAAGCAAAGGCCGGAGCAGUGGUACCUUUUCGGCUCUCUGUCGACGUGCCUCGUGCUUGUCUUACCACAGUUAUUGCUGGGGUAUCCUACUUGCUAAUGUUAGCGGUCAUGACGAUGAACGUGGGCUACUUUCUGUCCGUGCUGGCAGGAGUCUUUGUUGGCGAGUUGAUGGUCGGCAGAUAUGCGCAGAUCGACGAACAUUUGCAUUGAGCGACUUCUUUGAUACCGGACACUGCUGAGCUGAGCUGAGCUGUGUUCCCAUGUUGCAACGUCUAGCGAGUUACGAGUAAGAGCAUCCCAUGAACAUGGGAUGCGGCAGGAUUUUCAUUUUUGAACUUCUAGAAAACGUACGACAUACUACGGUCUCAGCGGUAAUGAAACUCGCUUAACCGGGGUGCAAAACAGCUGCCGCUUGAAUCGUCGAAGGAGCAGUUGGCAUGGCAUUGAACAGGAGCCCUCCUGCCACACAAAUUGUCCUCGCUGCUGUUUGUCGUCGAAUGGCACCCUAGAGCCCAAAUUACACGAUUUACCCAUGAGACCAUAGUAUACUGUAGUAUCUACACGUUGCGUGUGAUCCUGCCUCCCCGCCUGUUCGUACCUAGGUAGGUU